UUCUUCUAUACAUUCUAACAUGGACACUUUUAUGGAGAAAAAUCAGGCGACAUGCUACUAUAGAGGUUUUCCAGAGCAUUAUCCACCAAGCCAUUUGGAUCUGCACUUGAAACAACCAGUCCAGAAUAUGAGCAAGCAGUUGGCCACUUUGAACCAAAUGAGUUUUAUGGCUUUCAAAGAGCUCAGAAACAAGCAGAUAAAGUACCUUGGCCAGUUCUAUUGCAUUUGUCCUUUUGAAGGAAGACCAUGGCUUCAGAAAUGCCAGCCUCAUCCAACUCCCAUCCAUAUUUCAGAUACCUUUCCUUUCCAAAAUUCAGAGAUUAAAAAGAAAGCAAUAAUGUCCUACACUGUUGGAAAAACUCAGAGUGAUCCAAUUUAUAUAUCCUCUGAUAGUGAAGAGGAAAGGAAGCCUUAUGAACAAAGAGAUGUAAGAAUUACUCAGCUCAAAACCAGAAACGUCAUCCAAAACCAAACAUCACAGACAAACAUCCAAAACCUCCAAGCUCUCGAAGGCUACCCGUACUCCUCAGCUGUGCAGCCCAACUCCAAGAAUGGUAAAAUGGUCAUGGUCUACAAGUGCGAGUUCAAUGGGUGCCACAAAACAUUCAUGAGGACCUGGAACUUGCUAGACCACAUCAGGAUGCACUACGGGAUCAGACCCUAUGUGUGCAAGUUCUGUGGCAAAGGCUUCACUCAGAAAGGAAACAUGCGCAAGCACCUGAUUCAGCACGAGAAGCCUCAUCUGAGCAACCGCAAGAAGUUCAAGUGCGAGUUCUGCAGCAGCAGCUUCACCGAAAGGUACAACUACAGAACUCAUGUGGAGAAGAAGCAUGGGAUCAGCAGCAAGUUCUAAAUACAUAUGCAAAGAACAAUGAAGAGUAAAAACAAACAGCAAGGGUU